GGUAACUAAGGCUUGCUACAUCAAAUAAAAGCACACCAAUAUGCAUGCUAGCUCUUGAAACUUCACGGCUGUAUACUUUGAUUGGAAUGUUACAGUGAUUCCAUACGAAGAGGACUCCAGCAAGCCACGUGUAGUAGAUGAAGAGCAACCUACGGACUCGAGCGCUGGUGAAGUAUGUGCUUCCGGAUGAAUCAUUUUAUUUUGCUUGAUGGCAUGGAUAUAGUUCAUGAGGUCGAUAGCAUCAUUUCUAGUACUUGUCAAUAAUAUUUAUUACAAAAUCUAAGAGAAGUUUUUUCCUCAAACUAGACAAUACAAAGUUUGAUCUACCAUGUGUUAGAAAUUUUUGUAAUACGAGUCGGAGUCAUUCUGGUUAGGGUUAACGAAUUACCCUUUUAGGAUAUUUCUAUUCAUCUCACAUAUGAAUAUGGGUUUUUAAAGUCUUUCACAUAUUCAUAAAGGUUUAAACUUAAUAUAUGUAACUCAAUUCUUUCAAUCAUGAAUGAACUAUCCUUUUUAAGUCUUUCUCUUCUUUGAAGGGUUCAAACUUCCAGUUCAUAUAUUUUUUAACUUUACGAUACGGUUCACACAUCGACAUCUACCCAGUGGUAUGACUCAUCUACAUUCAGUGGCUGGAAUAUUAUAUAAUUUUUUUUAUAAAUCAUGAGUUUGAGUCAUAUUCUAGUUAGGGUUAAUGUAUAUUGGUCAUACGUCAUACAUCAAUUCAAUCUAGAAACUUAAAAUUUUUAUAUUAUCGAUCAAAUUUAGUAUAUGUAAUUAGACUCUUUCAAUUAUUAGUAAUAUGAGACUAUCCUCUUAGCAUAUUUCUUUUCAUCUCAUAUAUGAUUUGUCCUUGCUCGAAGAUUAUUUCCUUCUAUUGUUUCUGACGUUGGCGUCUACAUGUACGUAAUAAGGGAGGUGCAAAAUAUGUCAAGCGAAAAGUUGUGUCUCUUCUGUCCCCCAAAACGUUUAUUUCGAAAUUCCCAUCUCACUACAGCAGUCUCUUUGACCUGUUGGAAUUGAUGUUCAUCCCAGCCAGAUGGGUUCAUUUGUUGCUUUUCCGCAUUCUAAAGCAAUUGUUCCCUAUGAUCGAACGUCUGGAGAAGCAAAAGGAAACCCACAAGGAAACCUUGGAACUGAUCGAGUUCUUAGCCUAUCAUCCAGAGCACAUGGAGUUCUAUUCCAAGGGAAGACAAAAAGGCAAGGAGGAAAGUCUUCUUGUUGGAGACAUCACCAGUUCUGCAACAGGACAGUCUCCUCCGUCCACGGACGCUGGUGAAGGCCAAGGAGUAAAUGGAGGAGGGAACCGAGAUCAAGACUUUGAUAGGUUUGCGGAAAAGCUAUUUAUGUAUAUGUCGCACAUGGAUGCCAAUCACGAAGCAGCAGCAAAAGAGCUCAAGAAGAGCAUGAAGGAGUCGAUGGAGGAAGUGUCCGGUGAAUCCACAAUUAGAAGAUGUGACGAGCCGCCCCUGAUCUUGGGUGCACAAAUGGGUCUUCCUGAGUUCGUCAGGUCGAUCUUGCUAGUAUGUCCGCAGGCAGCAGCAUACCUGGACACCAAGGGGAGAAGCGUUCUCCUGGUGGCUAUAGAGAACGGUAACCUAGAGAUCGUGGAAACUAUACGUGAGAUGACGCAGGGGAACUGCCCCAUCCUACCAUCCUGCAUUUUGCUUCCACCAAAGGCCCUGGUGAUGACCAAGCUGCAGUACAGAUACAAGAUGAACUGAUACGGUUUGAGGUCGAGUUGCUAGCUAAUACCUACGUUAAUUUUCCUUUUUGGUUCAGCAAAUUAAUUAGCACUCGCAUGAUGUGCUAAUAGCUACCGAAACGAUGCAGAAAAGACAGCACAAGAGAUGUUUAGUGAGAGUCACAAAGAGAUGGCUAAGGCGUGCAAGGAACAACUGGUGGGGAUGGGCCAGACAUGCUCAGGGCUUCUG